GGUCUCAAUGUUCAAAACUAGAUAAAAUUAAGGUAAUUUGUUGCCUAUGGUUGUUUAAGCCAUGAAUGCAACAUUCUCAGCUGCUGCUCCCAAAGCUCUAAUGGAGCUAAAAGCAGCUCUCUUUCAUGGCUUCCAAUCCUUCAAUCAACUUAAACACAUUCAUGCUCGCCUUAUUCGUACAGGUUUUGAUCAAAACAACUAUCUUUUAAACUUACUAUUAAAAUUUACUUUGAACAAUUUCAACAAUCCAAAUUAUGCUAAGCUUGUAUUCAAUCAAACUCAAGAACCCAACAUUUUUCUUUACAAUACUAUGAUUCGUGGGUUGGUUUCGAAUAAUUGUUUUCACCAAUCAAUUGCAUAUUUCCAUGGGAUGAGAAAUGAAGGUUUCUUGCCUAACAAUUUUACUUUUCCGUUUUUGUUGAAAUCUUGCACGAGGUUAUCGGAUUUUGAAUUGGGUGUUAAGGCUCAUGGGCUUGUUGUGAAAGGGGGAUUUGAUUAUGAUGUGUUUGUGAAGACUGGGUUGGUUUGUUUUUAUGCUAGGUGUGGAUUUCUUGAUGAUGCACACCAGAUGUUUGAUGAUAUUCCUGAGAAGAAUGUUGUGUCUUGGACUGCGAUAAUGACGGGGUAUAUUGAUUUUGGGAAGUUUAAGGAGGCUAUUGGUUUGUUUCGGAGGUCGUUGGAGAUGGGUUUGAGUCCGGAUAGUUUUACUCUUGUUAGGGUGUUGUCUGCGUGUAGUCGGGUAGGGGAUGUUAGUGCUGGUGAGUGGAUACAUAGGUACGCGGUGGAGAUGGAUAUGGGGAGGAAUGUGUUUGUUAAUACUGGUUUGGUUGAUAUGUAUGCUAAAUGUGGGGAAAUGGCGAAAGCUCGUGAGGUUUUUGAUGAGAUGGUAGAGAAGGAUGUUGUGUCUUGGAGUGCUAUGAUACAGGGUUAUGCAGUGAAUGGGCUUCCUAAAGAGGCUAUGGAGGUGUUUUACAGGAUGCAACGAGAGAAUGUUAGGCCGGAUUGCUAUUCAAUGGUUGGUGUACUUUCUGCGUGUGCAAGGUUAGGAGCGUUAGAAGUUGGCGAAUGGGCUUGUAAGUUGAUGGACAUGAAUGAGUUUUUGUCUAAUGCUGUUUUAGGUACAGCACUUAUUGAUAUGUAUGCUAAAUGUGGACGGAUGGUAUCAGCUUGGGAAAUAUUCAAACAAAUGUUGGUGAAGGAUAGAGUAAUCUGGAAUGCUGUUGUAUCGGGUCUUGCUAUGCACGGGUACGUGAAAUCUGCCUUUUGUUGUUUUGGUCAAGUAGAGAAACUUGGUAUAAAACCUAACGGAAACACAUUCAUCGGUCUCCUUUGUGCUUGCACUCAUGCUGGCCUUGUUGAUGAUGGUCGCAAAUAUUUUCAGAGCAUGACUCACUUGUACUCUUUGGAACCAGCAAUUGAACAUUAUGGAUGUAUGGUUGAUCUUCUAGGCCGAGCUGGCUUGCUGGAUGAAGCUCACUCGUUGAUCGAAAGUAUGCCAAUGAAGGCUAAUGCCGUCAUUUGGGGAGCUCUGUUAAGUGGCUGCCGGUUACAUCGUGAUACCAAGUUGGCUGAACAUGUGCUAAAGCAGUUGAUUGAAUUGGAACCAUGGAACUCUGGAAACUAUGUUCAUUUAUCAAAUAUCUAUGCAUCUAACAAUAAAUGGGACGAUUCGGAAAAAAUCAGGUCUUCUAUGAACGAGAGAAGAAUGCAGAAGAUUCCUGCAUAUAGUUGGAUAGAGAUUGAUGGAAUAGUUCAUGAAUUUCUCGUUGGAGAUACAUAUCAUCCAAUAUCAGAUAACAUAUACGUUAAACUCGGUGAACUGAGCAAGGAGUUAAGAGAGGUAGGUUAUGUUCCAAAAACAGAAUACGUUCUAUUUGACAUCGAAGAGGAGGAGAAGGAGCAUUUCGUGGGCUGUCACAGUGAGAAGCUCGCGCUUGCAUUUGGCUUACUAAGUACUAAACAUAGUGAUGUUAUCAGAAUAAUAAAAAACCUCCGUAUCUGUGGUGAUUGCCAUACGUUCUUCAAGCUUGUCUCAAAGAUAACGGAGAGAGAAAUUAUCUUACGGGAUAAUAAUCGUUUCCAUUGUUUCUUUAAAGGUUCAUGCUCAUGUGGAGAUUACUGGUAAGACUUCUGUUGGUAAUAUGAUGUUGCAGAAGAGAAUAGAGGCCAAUUGGUGCCAUUCCGUUAUGCAGAGGAGAUAGACCUAAUAUUUAUCUUUCAUCAGCUUGAUAAGACCAAAGGGGGUGAUAUGUAUGCAGCCUAUGCUGAUGCAAGCAUCAGUGGUUGAUUCCAUGACUCGAACUUGUGACCUAUAGGUCAUACGAAGACAACUUUACUGUUGCUCCAAGGAAGAGGAGCAAUGAUAUGCAGAAGCAAAAUAUUGUGUGACAAACGAUAUAUGGUAUGAAUCAUUUUUUUUGCAUUUCUACAGUUAGAUUCUCCGUCCUCAUAAAUGAUUAUCUUCAUGGCUUCUUUCCUACACAGAGAGGCUUGAGACACGGAGAUCCUCUUUCUCCGUUUCUCUUUAUCCUCGUGAUGGAGGGUCUCCACAAUAUGUCAUACGUUGCCAUGAACAAAAAAUUGAUCAAAGGCUCUAUCGACAGCUCCAAUACACACUUCAUCUUACGUAAGUUACAUUUGACGAUUCAUUGAUCAGAUCCUCCACAUCAGGUUGAUUCAGUCCAUCUUCUAGGUCCACAAUUUGCAGCUCUUCGCGAUGAUAUUGGUCAUUAGAACCAUUUCUAUGAAAUCUCUGGGCUCGGUGCAAGCUUUAAAUCAGUCGUCAUUUGGUGGACUAUCCAGAAAGAAAGAAACAACUGAAUUUUUCAGAGCAAAAAGCAGAAUGGCCUUGAAACACAUUGCAUUUUUUACCUAAGCUCUACGACAAGAGAACUAAACCUAGUGUUUAGGUGGAGAAGUGUAGAGGAGCGGACCCAUCAUCCCCGAGUUUCAAAGGUUGCGGUUGGUCCUGAGGGUUGGCUCCAAAUGGAUUUCUCAGGAUAAAAGGAAACACAUUUGUAUUUUUUGCUAACCUUUUGGCAGAUGGCUAAUACUAAUCCUAGCAUCUUGUUUAUGUUGGAUAUUUAUAUUAAUAAGAUUACCCUUAAUUAUCAACAAAACAAAAGAGUAUUG